UCAAUCUAUGUGUUGGACAACUCUAUGACAAUAUUUUUACACGGAAAAUAUUUGUCCUGUACUAACAAUGUCCCAAUAAGAAUCCGCUAAGCUGUGUUGACCUUUAAUGGUUAUCAGUUAUAUGCGCCUUAUCUUCUAGAAGCACAAGGACGUCAGUAUUGUGCAGAAGAAAAUAGCGCUAAAACCUGGAAAUCCCAGAAAUGCUCGUUUUCCAAGCAGACAUCACUAUGACAUAUCCCGUCGGUCUUCGUUACGCUACAUCGGUAUCGAUCGAUUUGUGCCACAUUCCGCAACAUACGAAGCUUUUCCAGGAAAACCUACUGAAUUCGCUGUCAGGCGAAUCGCAGUUUUAUCGAUCCACUGGAGCGCUCUCUCAAUAAUGCCAGCUGUACCUACACCAUCACGAAGGUGCACGUCGCGAAUGCGAUAGAUAGGACGUUCGCUUUCUUAUAUUUUUAAAACAACACGAUCGCUUUCAGUUUUUGAACCAGUUUGUACUUGAGAAAUGUUUAUAACCCAUUGUUAAUUAAAACGUAUGAUGUUGAAGAAAUGAUUUGUACUGUCAACAACCAUCGUUUUCCCUGGUUGCAAAACUACCACUUCUUGUAAAGUCUUAAAGUGAUUCACUUCAUUCAUGCGUAGUAUAAUGGCGCGGAAAACUCUGCAGUCGGGGUAUUUAACAACGAUGGUUAUUCUAAGCUUAUUUAUUUGUGCUAUCGCUGCUGUGGCAAAAGGUCAGCUGUUGAUCGGAAAUCCAGAUCCUGUGAUGUUCGAAGACGAUGCUGCAGGAAGACGAGUUGGUCCAUCCAAAGACAAAGAUGGAAUAUGCCUCGACGCUUUCAGUCUCAAAAAGGGCUCUGUUGUCCAGGUCUCGAAAUCGGAAAAACUAGGAGGACGACUUAUCAAUGCGACGACAGGACUGACAGGAUCGGAUUGCCUAAAACGAUGCUGUCAAACCGAGCACUGCACCGUUGCUGCAUUUGAACAACAGGGACGCCUGGCAUGCUAUUUAUUUAACUGUGGAUACUUGGAUGAUUUUCGGUGCGAACUGGUGCCGUACAGCGACUAUGAAGUGGGAAUUUUAACAGUAUCUCGCGAAGCUCUUAAAAGUCCCGCAAAACCGCAAAUUGGUUCGUUGCCUCGGUCUUUCCCAAAUGCUCUAAUUGGUCGCCCCGAUGGUCAUGAUAAUGGUGGCUGCAGACCGUUUGAGUUCAGGUGUACAACAUCCGGCGAAUGCAUCGCUGGUUAUGAUCGAUGUAAUGGAGCCUUUGAAUGCCCCGACCGAUCUGACGAAGCUAAUUGUGAGCAACAGCAAACUCGUCAAGAAGUUCCACAGAUUCCCAGGAACGAAGAGGGUAGCCGCUACAGAGGUCUAAAGGAUCAGCCAGUGCAAAUAGAGGACGAGCUGCGAAUGUCGGCAAUGGAUGAGAACGAGCAGACACUGUGGGACCGUGGCCGUAAUCGUCCUCACGGAAACGCAGGACCAAAUACACAAAUAAUUAACUCGGAAAAAUCUGAAAAUACCAGAAAUAAUCCUGCUGACGAAUGGAAUUUUAAGCCGGAAACAGCCACAGCUCAAAGUACUACUUUAAGACCAUCACCUGAACCGUUCAGUCCAGCAAAUCCGGCUCAUCAGCGACACACAGUUCCAACCACCAACCGGCCGUCCACAGCAGUGCCACUCGACAGGAUUUCCUCAACGGUUUCCAUUAUCUCAUCCACCAAUCCGCAUGAUAUCCAAUCCCUGCAUAUCGAAAAGUCCAAUAACUAUGGCUUUCCAUCCUGGGUCAACUUUUCUGAUCCCACUCAUUUCAUUAUCAGUGUUGUGCUGAUUAUUGCUGUUGCUUUUUGCGCCGUUGUUACGCUAUUUGUAAUUUGUCGCUGCAUUUGCGCCAGGAAACCAAAGGUCACCAAAUACCGCAUCGUCGAUCCGGAUGCCGAAGACUUCUUGCUCGGAGGCAGCUCUUACAGCUGAUCAUGAUAACAGUGCAUGCCUGCUUGCACCGUGCUAGAGUGUUCAGUGUGAUCUUCUUUCAUCCAGAAUAUCUUGUUCAGGAAAGUUUAUUAUGGCUGCGUAUGUUGCGCUUGAUCAUGACAGUCUCUGGAACAACUAACAAAUUAUUAUUUUG